CUACUUCCUCUAGUGAAGAAAGAUGGCGGCGUCCAUGUUAUGCAGGAGGACGGCGGCGUUAUGUCGGACUUUAAACGCCAUUUCAUCCCCUAAAGCUGUACUUUCUGCCAAUUCUCGGUGUGGGUUUCUACUGCAGACAGCUUCCUAUAACCCCAAACCCCUGAAGCUGAACCUGCGGGAUCCGUACAUCCCGGACAAGGACAGCGAGAAGACGCCGGAGUGGCAGAAGACGGCCCGGUACGACAGGAAGCUGUUCGGUCGCUAUGGCUCCGCGUCGGGCAUCGACACUGCCUCUCUGUGGCCCACUCCCGAGGAGCUGGAUAAAAUCACAGCAGAAGAAAAUGAGUGGCAUCCCCCGUUAGAGGUAAUGCUGAAGAAUGUGAAAGCAAAGGAGAAGCAGGAAACCGCAAGAAGACUGGCGAGGGAAAAACUCAUCGCAGCAAACAUGGCCAAAAUGCCGAAGAUGAUCGCCGACUGGCGCAAAGGAAAGCAUGAAACCAAACAGAAGUUAAAGGAGGAGAAGGCUCGCCGUGAAAAGUUGUUGGCCGAGGCCAGAGAGCGUUUUGGCGUCACAGUGGACCCCCGCAGUCACCGGUUCUUGGAAAUGGUCGCUGAAAUAGAAAAAGAGGAGAAGAAGAAGAGGAAACUAUUGAAACGCAGACUGCGAGAGGAGCAGGUGGCGGGCCCGGUUACACCUCCUGCCGCCUCCUCGUAGUCUCGGACUGAGUCACUUCAGACAGAAAUAACUGCCGGACCCUGGUCUGAAUACGAUGAAGAUGUGCUGCAGAACACAAUUCUCAUGGACCGAUUCUGCUUUGCGUUACCUCACAUCUUUUGUUGUCUUAUUUAAGAAAGCAGCAUCGUUUUUCUUCACUUUUCCUGCUAUAUCUGUUAAUUUUUCAGAAACUUACCAUAUAUAAAUCUGUCAUUGAAAUAAAUGUAACAUCUGUAGAGACUA